AUGCGACAACCAACAAUGCCUAUCCGCUCGCCCUUUGAGUCUUCCAUUGCGAAGCCGGGCCAGGGCAACGUCGUCCUCUCUCUCCUUCCGCCGAACAACCCCACCCUCACCACCCUCACCUACAAAUACCCAUUAAAGCUGGUCCCACGUGCACCAGGGUUCAUCCCGGAGCCUGACCCGGCUGCACUAUCAGACAAGUGCCCGUCAAUGCCUGUCCACCUCUACCUCCUUACAUAUGGCGGCGGCCUUUUACCGGGUGACCAUAUUGAAGUGUCGAUCAAGCUUGAUCCCCGCACAAGAAUGGUCGUGACCACCCCGCAAGGCAGCACCAAGAUCUUCAAAACUGAUUCCAGCCCCAAAUCAAAUUUUAACGUCAUCAAAGGCCACCGCAAGAAGUUGCCCGCCAACGAAAGCAUUUCAGACAUGAGCCAGCAAUCAUUAGAUGUGAAGAUUGGCCGCCAGGCUGCUAUUUGCUACCUCCCUGACCCCUCUGUACCAUACAAGGACAGCCGCUAUGCCCAGGUCCAAUCCUUCACCGUUGACGCCACGGCGAAGGGUGAUCAGCGUAGCAGUCUUUGUGUCCUAGAUUGGGUAACACAGGGCCGCACAUCGCGUGGUGAGAACUGGAACUUCCGGUACUGGAAGGGCCGCAACGAAGUCUGGGCUACAGACGAGAAAACUGGCAAGACUAGACUCUUGCUACGUGACUCCGUCAUCCUAGACGACGAGUCUGAAGCUAUAGAUGCCGAUGACGACGAGGAUCUGGAUUCAACCAAUGUGAGCGGAGUAAACAGCCAUACUGUCCACGCAGAAACUCCACCGCCUCAAGCUGGUCUUGUGCCAUUGAAUAUCAUCCGAGAACGGACACGGCCGCAUGGUGUUGUGGGCACGUUGAUUCUAUCCGGCCCCGUCUUCGACUCCGUCGGUGCCUACUUCAUGCACCAAUUCACAUCACAGCCGCGGAUCGGCAGCCGAAAUUGGGCUUCUGAUUCGUCGGCACCGGAACCCUCGCUGAGCACCAAUGAUGACGUUACUUGGACAGCUGCACGCGUGCGCGCUGGUUUCGUGUUGGUUAAGUUUGGUGCCAAGGACUUUGAAACAGCCAAGGUCUGGCUUGGCGGUUUGCUCCGUGAAGAAGGCAGUAUUGCACGCGAAUUCGGCGAAGAGGCACUCUUCUGUCUUUGA